AUGGCGCCCUAUUUUGGCCUCCGUGGCCCUUCCCUCAAUAGGGCUAUCAUGUGGUUGGUCGUUUGUCCGGCAUUCGUGACUUAUGGAUACAAUCAAGGUGUGAUGGGAGGUCUAUUGACCCUGGAAUCCUUCGCCGAGACUUUUCCGCAGAUGAAUACUCUCACUGCAACUGAGGCAGAGAAGACCUACAACUCGACUAUUCAAGGCACGGUGGUCGCAUUAUAUACCGUUGGUGGAAUAUUCGGUUCACUAUCAUGCAUUCAAUUCGGUGAUAGGCUUGGCCGCCGGAAGGUCAUCCUGUUCACCUCGUUCAUCUCUAUGAUUGGCGCCGUCCUAAUGGCAACAUCCUUCUCCCUUCCACAAUUUAUCGUUGCACGACUCGUCCUCGGAUAUGGCACCGGUGGCUAUGUCGCUACAGUACCCGUCUGGCAAUCCGAGAUCUCGAAGCCUAACAAGCGUGGCGCGCACGUAGUAACGGAUGGUAUCUUCAUCGGCGCCGGUAUCACCUUCUCUCUCUGGGUUGACUUCGGCUUCUACUUUGUUAAGACCAACUCGGUUUCCUGGCGAUUCCCCUUGGUGUUCCAGGUCCUUUUAUCAUUGGUGGUCAUGUGUUUUGUCAUGCUCUUCCCAGAAUCGCCCCGAUGGCUGGUAAAAAGAGGUCGCAGCGAUGAGGCGCGGGAGAUUCUGGCGGCGCUGGACGACGUCGACCCUCAGUCGGAACAGAUCACCCUCGAUAUUCGCGAUAUCGAGACCUCCCUAGCCCUUACUGGAACGGGUUCGUGGAAGGAUAUGCUGAAGAUGGGCGAACAGCGACUAUUCCACCGCACUGUUCUUGCCUGUAUGGGUCAAAUGUUCCAGCAGAUGUGCGGAAUCAAUCUGAUCACCUUCUACGCCACGACCAUCUUCGAGCAAUAUCUCAAGCUCGAUCCCGUCCAGUCUCGUAUUCUCGCUGCGUCGAUGUGCCUAACACAGCCGCUGGGCGGCCUGCUAGCCUAUUUCACCAUCGACCGACUCGGCCGCCGCGUGCUUAUGCUGUGGAGUGCUGUCGGGAUGUCGAUAUCGAUGGCCAUCCUAGCUGGCACCACUUCCCUCCAGAAUAAUACCGGCAGCUUGGUCUGCGCUGUCGUGUUCCUUUUCGUCUUCGAAUUCAUCUUCACGGUCGGCUACUCUGGCUUGACCUUCCUAUAUGCCACAGAGGUCGCUCCCCUCCAGUGCCGAGCAUCUAUUAGCGCCAUCUCCGCCGCCGCCGUCUGGACGUUCAACUUUCUUCUCGCCGAAGUGACGCCCGUCGGCUUCGCUACCAUAGACUGGCAGUACUAUAUAAUCUUCGCCGUGCUGAAUGCUGCCAUCGUGCCGACUGUUUAUUUCCUCUUCCCGGAAACUAACGGUCGCACACUUGAGGAGAUUGAUGAAAUAUUCUUGCGAUCGCGCAGUAUCUUCGAUCCGCCCCGCAUUGCCCGGUCGCUUCCACACAUGCACGUUGCCGAGGCUCAUAGCGUCGAUAUCGAUGCCAAGGAGGUUGGAAGUUGCGAUGAUGCCAUAGCUGAGAAGCCGAAGGUGUAA